AUGCAUCCUCCACCUAUGCCCCGACCACACAGCGACAGGUCUUCGCACACUGUCUCGAAAUGGACCACGCCCAUCCCUCAAUGUUCACUCCCCCGGUUCGUGUUUGGCUCCCCUCGACGCUCCCUGAGUAGCCGAAAGAUCCUCAUCGAUGCCGACUCCCCGGAUACGAGAGCUUUGUCGCUGGCCCAAUACCGACUCCUCUCUGCUCGUGUAGCAGUGGGUUUGCAGAAACUGGGCGUCAACCCGAAAGAUCGCGUGUUAUGCGUGACCUCCAAUGCCCUCUGCUAUCCCGCACUCCUCAUGGGCACUGUGAUGGCCGGGUGUAUCUUCGCGUCUGGACAACCUGCUCUCAACCAGGCCGAAUUCCAUCGUUUGAUAUCCUUCUCACAACCUUCGGUGAUUUUUGCCAGCCGUGCCACCCUUCCAGUUGCCCUGCAAGCCGCGCGCUUGGCCAAUCAUCCUGAUAACCGAAUUUUUGUCUUUGACGAUGACAUCCUAGACGGCUGUGGCGAGCCGGAAGGCCCGAUUCAGCACUGGCAGACGAUGGUGGCGUCCGAAUGGGAGGGGUCGCGGUUUUGGUACCCCACUGUCAUUUCUUCGCAAGAGUAUAACAGCACAAUAAUGCUCCUUUUCACUUCCGGCACUACUGGUGAGCCCAAGGGUGUAGAACUGUCACAUCGCAACUACAUUGCGGCAGCGAUGGGAUACAUCCGGCGAAUCUCCUCGCAUCCAGCUUGGAAAUAUAACCCUCGCCUUGGAGGCCCUGAAAACGUGCGCGUGUUGGGUUCCCUUGCAAUCAAUCACAGUGUUGGGCAGCGGUCAUAUUGCGCCAUCUUUCCCAGGAUGGGUGUUCCGCUGUAUUUAAUGCGACGCAAUGACUUUCGGAGCAUCUGCGAGGCAGUUGAGCGGUUCCAGAUCACAGAUGCAAUCAUUCGAAGCUCUGUUCUGACCUCCAUGGCGAAGAAUGCCCCCAUCUGUCGAGAAUACGAUUUGACAUGUCUCCGACGUGUCGAGGCGUGUGCUGCGCCGAUGAGCCAGUUCACGAAGUUCAAGCUGGAAAGUAUGGGAAUCGGAUACGUUGCCCGUGCCUGGGGGCUUACAGAAACGGGAACUAUCACUGGGCCCGAUCCCCUGCGCCCGCCCAAGUCCGAGACGGUCGGGCAACUGAACGCCACGUACGAAGGGAAAGUAACUGAUUCCAGUGACUAUUCUCGGACAUUGAAGACAGGUGAGGUUGGCGACAUCUGGAUCCGCACGCCAGGAUCAACUCGAGGAUACUGGAACAAUCCCGCCGCGACGGAGCAAGUGAUGGGAGCAGGCGGUUGGAUCAGCACAGGAGAUGUAGGAUACGUCGAUGACGAAGGCAAUUGGUAUAUUGUGGACCGUAAAAAGGAUUUGAUCAAGGUUAACGGAAGCCAUGUAUCUCCGGUCGAGAUUGAGUCUGUCCUACUACAGCACCCGCAUGUCUGUGAUGUUGGGGUUAUCGGAGUCGCAGUAAACGAGGACGAGGGCCCCCGGGCCUAUAUCCAGACCUACCCCAAGACCUCGGUGUCCGCCGAGGAGAUCCAUGAGCUCAUCUCGGAGAAGCUCCCUCCAUACAAGCGUCUGUCAGGCGGUCUCUCGUUCAUUGAGAAAAUUCCACGGAACGCGUCCGGCAAGGUGUUGCGCAGUGAGCUUCGGCAAGUAGCCAUCUCGGAGCUGGGAGACUAUUUAGGAAACUACCACGGCACGUCCGCUUCCAGUUCCGAAGAGGGAGUUCACCUCUAG